GUUUGCGCGCGCUUCCGAGGUAAGACUCCAGGCUCCUUGGCGCCUUGCAUGUUUCACCCCGUUGCAUCUGUUGUUUAUAUGGGCGCGGCGGGCAAGCUGUAGUUCUUGAUGGUCCAAUGCUGCGCGAAAUCAUCCCCCGUUCAAAAUCAGGUUACACCUGAGCGAAAUUUCUGUUCUGUGUCUUAACGAAGCAUGAAUGUGGCUAACUUGACUGACAAUUGCCCUGUGAUAGAAGCCAGUUCUCUUGCUUUGUGGAUGGCUUCCUCCGAGGUGGAUCAGAAGGCCUUGGGCAACUUUGCGGCCAUAACGAGCGUCGAGCAUCCGUUUUUGUCCGCUAUGCUCUACAAGAUUCUUGGGCUGUCUGUCAUGCUAUCUAAAAAGCUUCUCCGUGCACGACGAUUGCGGCGCCUGGACCCCACCCGGGAGACCAAAUCGCUCCACCUUUAUUAUCAUAUCAUAUGGCUUUCCCGAGAGGGCCUCCUGAUCCUGGAAGAGUUUAUUCUUCCAAUGGUCGAGGAAUACGUGGAACUGAAGAUCCUAGCUUAUAAGCUGCGAGCUUCUUUUUACCACAUCUUUGUCUUGUUCCAUAACCAGCCUGCUGUCCACUCGCCGGGCAUCGUUAGUCUUCCGAGCAUUACACCUGUGUCAAAUGGCGUUACCGAAGCGGAGUCCCCGUCCCAGGAGUCCCUUUCGAGGUUCUCAUUCCAACCGAAGCCUGAUGUGAUAACGGUCUCCGGGAAGCCUAGUUCGGCCUCGGAUGGAGCGCCACGAGCCAAGGUUACGCAGGCGCCUCCGGGCUUUGCGCCGGUCCAACCCCCCAAGUCGAUCUCUGCAUUUCUCCUCCCUGCGCUCGAUUACACACCCACGGCUACGGCAUGCUUCAACCAUGCUUCUCUAUUAGCUGAGCGGUUUCUUCCGGGAUCGCACCCGCUUCGUCUUUCCAUCAAGCUCGAAUUUGCCGCCUACCUCUAUGAUUGCCUUCAUGAUGCCAACGCCUGUCGACGGCUGGCCAAGCAAGCCAUUGCAGACGUAUAUAAUGCGCAAGAGGGCAUGGAUGACGAGAGCUUCGAAGAUGCAGCUGAAAUCGUGGGGAUUCUGGGCAAGAUGGUGAAGCGGGGUAGGAAAACGAGCAAUGCAGGAGGGAGCACCACGGCCGCUGGGACGCCCCGGGAUGAGCGCAGUGAAGGCAGUCGAACACCGUCCUCCCAAACGACGCUGAAAAAGCCCGCCUCACGAGUGCCGAAAAAUCCGGUCUCGCCGGCACGCACGGCCUGGCCGACGACGAGCGAGGCAGUGGCCCCUGCUGUUCCUGAUCCUACUAUGAUGAACCCUAUAUAA